GUACUUUGUUCACUUGUAGAUUCCUGUGUCUUCCCAUUGUUUGCACAGCCUUUGCUUUGUCCACUGCUAGACAAUGCAAUUGUUAUUGCAUCGUAUCGGAUGCUUCCUACUUAAUGUGCGCACCUUCCAUCCUAAAUCGCUCUUGCCUAGCCAGACUGACGCGAAAUUUACCACUUUCUCCUCGCUCCAUUCCAUACUGUGUUCCAUACACGCAGUUUCUUCCUCUCCAUUAUUUACACCCUGCAUCAUGCGUUCAGUCAUUGCUACCCAUCGAUCGCGCAGGAUGGCGAAAAUAUGAAUACUUCUGGUACACAUCAUCAGACGGCGUGCAUCGGCUUGCAACUUCAUCCGGCAGCCUCAACGAGAUCCCUCAGCAAAUUAACGACUAUGUGUUCAACACAUCCAACUUCGUAGACGCCGACUACCCGUCCACAUUCCCAAAGGAUAGAGUCUGGCCGCCUAAGAAUCUGCAAGAUCUUCUUUGCGCCAUAGGAACGGAAGGCAAAGACUGCGUUGGCGGUCGUUGUUUCACUCGCGCUAUCUGCAAUGACCCGUGCUGCAGACACACAUUCGAGGCUUGGAAACAUGCGACGCAAGACUGGCAGGACCACUUUGAGUUACGCAAAACGGAUGACCGCGGGAUCGGUGUCUACACUAAGAGAGCCUUCAAGAAGAAAGAUGUAUUAGGGUGGUAUGCAGGUGAGCUCGUAGUAAGUGCGGGCGACGACUACAACAAUGACUACCUUAUGGAGGUUCCCAUUGGAGGCGACCCCAUUCCGGAAUCUCUUAAUGAUUCCGACUCGGACAAUGACUACAACCAGACUGAACUGCUCCCCCCCUCUCCGUCAUCCCCCAGCUCCUCGACCACCUCCGUCUCCGCUGGAGAAAGCGUUAUGAUUGAUGCCAGCAGGAAGGGCAACUGGACGCGCUUCAUUAACCAUAGCUGCAAAGCCCAUUGUGAUUAUCGAGUAUGUCGUGUGGGUAACAUCCGCAUGAUUGUUGUGGAAGCCGUGAAGGACAUACCACCAGGUGUUGAGCUAACUGUCAACUACGGGCUCGACUACUACGGACCAAACACGACGAAAAUCUGCCACUGUGGUGCGCGUAAGUGUGUUAGCAGGUCCAGGACGAACAAGCGAAAGGAACUAUCUAACACGGAGAAGACGAGAGUUAAGAAAUGUAGGCGGCUGACACCACCGCUAGAAUGAUAUUGUCGCAAUUCCAUCACAUUAUUAAAUACUUCAAAUACCAAAUGUAGCCUUUUGCUGCAUUUACAUACCCUCUAAGACACCGGACGCCUUUCCAAAACCGGGGGUAUCAUGUGAAUUAAUGAAGAGACAAAAUAUCGUACUCUGUGAACUACACGUUACUCAUAUGCGGGAUGACUACCACCACAACGAGACU